UUGCCAUCUCAACAAGUUGUUAAAUCUACAGAAAACAUGGCAAAGCUCAUAUUGCUAACAGCCGUGUGUUUGGUGUUAUUCCAGCUAGCACACACCAACAGAAUGGAAUGCUAUUUCACUAACUGGUCUCAGUACAGGCCUGGCGAUGGCAAAUUCCUGCCACAAAAUGUAGACCCCUUCCUGUGUACCUCUCUUAUCUAUGCCUUUUCCAUCAUCAAUCAUGCCAAUGAGCUGGUUACCUAUGAAUGGAAUGAUGAUGUUCUCUACAAGGCCUUCAAUGACCUGAAGACAAAGAAUCCCCAUUUAAAGACUCUGCUGGCUGUUGGUGGCUGGAACUUUGGCUCAACUCAGUAAGACUAUGCCAUGAAGUACUGGAGAGACAACGGCACCCCAUCAGAGAAACUGAGAAUGGGCUUUGCAGCUUAUGGUCGUACCUUCCGUCUGACAUCAUCAAAUACAGGUGUUGGAGCCCCAGCUAGCGGACCUGCAUCAGCUGGACCAUACACCCGGGAAGCAGGAUUCUGGUCCUACUAUGAGAUCUGCAACUUCCUGAAAGAUACCACCGUCCAGUGGAUCGAUGACCAGAAAGUUCCCUAUGCAACUAAAAAUAAUGAGUGGGUAGGAUUUGACAACAAGGAGAGCUACAAAAUCAAGAACGACCUCCUCUGA